AUGGAGGUACUUGCUGGAGUAUCGAGCGUGCUCUCGGUUCUUGGUUUUGCCAUCCAGCUUGCAGACGGUAUCAAGAAAGCUUGUGCACUCUGGGAAUCUCUCCAAGAAGCCCCUCAUGAGGUUCAAAUGAUAUGCAAAGAUUUGCGCGCUAUAUCAAACGUUCUUGACGAUAUAAAGUUAGAGGAGAACCAGUUCAUGCAUCACUCUAACUCGAUAAGUGAGGCUCUAGGGCUUUGCUCCGAAGUUCUUGAAUCUCUCAAUCACCUAAGUCAAAAGAUCGUAUUCCCAAAUACCGAUACUACCUUGUUGAUCAAGAGAUGGCGCGCUAUGAAGGGAGUCAUAAAGAUAGAGAAGCUACAAGGGUUACAGUCGAGAUUGAACAGCGCGAAACUGACCUUGGUCCUGGCUCGUCAGAACUCUUCUCAACUUCUGUCCAUGCAAACUUAUAAAUCUCAACAGCAGCUCAUGUCUAUGUUGGAUGGCAUUAAGCUUGAUCUGCAGGAACUGGCCUCGAAAACUGUUGAAAUCAUAUCAAGAGAUCCGCCAGACAGCAACGUAAACUUCGAUGCACUAAAAGUGGAAGCUCGAGCUCUUGCAUGCAAUAUCAAGAAUCCUGUAAUGAGGCUCGGCUUUGAGAGAGCUAUAGAUUUAGCAUAUUCUACAUUGUCAAACCCCACCGAGAGAAGCCUACGGAGAAAGUCUCUUUCUCUGCACAGUGGAAAGCACAGCAUCUCUAUCAUUAACACACCUUUUGGAACAAAUAAUAUCUACAUCACCACUUUAUCGUUCUCAGACGGCACUUAUAAGUCGUGCACCAAGUUGAUCAUGCAUCCCUCUCGUUUGCUACAACUAUGCGGUGUCAGCCUCGGGGUCAGAGUUGCUCUUUCGAAGUCGUGUGGGACCUUCAAAUCUGAAUUAAAAGCAUACAGAGCUGUGCCAGACGAUUCGACAAUUUUCAGACUCUCAGCAUCUUCUGGGCGAUUAUCAACUUGUAAAUUUCUCGUCGAUGAAGGGGCUGAUUUGGAAGUGCGGGAUAUACAAGACAAUGAUCUUGGGUCAUACGUAUGUGGAACGUGGUCUUUCGGUUAUGGCAAUAGCAGAGUUCCCUCAGGCUUCUCAGAUAGUGAUAAUCGGGUCUUUGUGCCUGGCGAUAUUUGCAUAGAAGUCCUCCGAAUGUUUCUCGAUCAGUUCGAAGUCAGCGAAGAUGAGAAUUCCUCUGGGGUAAUAGGAUUGCGUCGACUCGCAAGCCGCACGGAUUUAGUAGCUAAUCGUCGGUGCUUGGCCAACCGAAAACUUUUCUAUUGGACUGCUUCAAUGCUUCAAGAUCAGUUGAUUCUCACUUCCAAUUUAUGGGACUAUUUUCUAUAUACCUUGAUUUCUGCAAUGGAGCUCGAGGAUAUAGAUAUGAUUGAUCAUCUCUUCCGUUCUUGUCCUCAUGAUAUAACAGAAGAUUGGGCCGCGCCAGCUAUAGGGCGUUGUCUCGUGAAGAAGCUCAGAGAAUCCGAUCAAACACAUCUUAUUAGAUGCAUGAUGAGUUACGGUAUGGAUCUUCAUAGCUCUUCAGCAAUGCUGCUUGCUACCAUCACUCAUUAUCCCGAAGCAGAGCACCAGGGCACAAUAACGACACUUCUCUUACAGUCAUCAGCAGCAUUCUUCCGGUUAAAGGCCACUUUGCAACAUUUGGGCAUAGAUAUAGCUAAAUUCGUAUACGAUGAGAUACAGCAGGGCCCCGUCAUCGCCGCUGGUUGGUCUAUGCAAAGUCUCCACGCGGUCUUCAAUUUGGAUUAUGUACCUAAUGAGUCCUUGCUGUAUUUUCAGUGUCUGCAUAAAUGCAUUUUUUUCCCUUUUAAGUAUGGCAGAGAGUUUUCUUGGGAGAUUCUAUUGGACAAAUCAAAAGUUGGAAGCGACUUCUCCAGCGGCGUCGAAGAUAUACUGCGUGAGCGAGAGGAAGGCGUUAUUAAGUUUCAGAGUGUCGACGGACGCGUUUGUUCAUGCUGUGGUAAGGUCGGGAGAUCUUAUGCCACUGUUGAGGAGCUAAUCAUCGAGGAGCGACGUAUCAAUUGGGAUGAAAUAUACGCAGAGGAAUAUGAAGCAGAGGAGGAGGAUUCAAUGUUUCUCUUGUCUAUCUGA